AUGGCAGCGGCUAAACAACCAAAAGAAAAGCAUCCUGUGGAUAUUGUUCAUCAGAACGCAAUUCACGUCAAGACCAUACAGAAGGAGAAUAGGAGCCAACAAUUGUACACGCUAUUUAGCAUAAACCCGUACAAAAAACUUCAUGUUUUGACUGACAAGCCUAUGGCCAGCCCCACCCACGACAACAUAGAGGAUCCUGCUUUCCUGAAGAUCAUCCACAGGGCUUGUUUGGAACCAACCAAGAAAUACACUCACCCCCAAACUGAGAGCCAAGAGAUAGGCUGGAUAUCCAGACCUCUGAUUGUUUCAGAUCGCCGUGAUAGGAGACUGAACUGGCCGCGGCAGAACUCUGAGAUCACCAAGUACAUGGAUACAGCAUGGCGUCUGAAAGAACAGACCCAGAACCUGGGAUAGAUCUCCGGCCUACUACAAGCAGGCUACGAGACUCAAUUUGGAUAAACUACUGGAUCAUUGGCCUCUUCGCUGGAUAUCAAUUGAGAAAUAUUAAAUGGAAACAUGGCUAUGAAGAAUAUUGCUUUACUGUCCCAAAUAAACAACUGGUU